AUGGCAGCCAAAGUGCCACUUCCAGAAUUCCAACCAUUAAAUGUUGUGGAUCCUUCUCUUCCAACCACACGAUCGCUUUCACUUAUAGAUUAUAUUAAACAGACAAUACGACAUCGUAAACUAUUGAUAAGUAUGGUCAUCUUUGCCAAUUUAUUUGCACUAAUUAGUGUUCAUUUAUUCAUUCUUAAAUUCUCAAGAGGAUAUCCUUAUGUACCAGCUACCAAACAACAAGACACCACCAAGUCAACAAAUUUGCAACCCACAGAUCAAACUUCCCUUUAUGAUCUAAUUAAUUCCCCAAACAAUAAAGCAAUCUUUAGUCAAAUCAAGUUUUCUGAUUUUGCAUUUUAUGACAAUGAAUCUAAUGUUGUUGGAACUGUUGAAUUUGCUUAUUUUAAUCAAUAUCAACGUCAACCAUAUGUCGCAAAUGGUUACAUUGGUAGUAGAAUUCCUAAUGUAGGACAAGGUUUCGCAUAUGAUAGUCUUUCAAAUUCCCCAGGUGCAAAUGAAGAUGAUUUACUUAAUGGCUGGCCUUUAUUUGAUAAGAGAUAUGCUGGAGCUUUUAUUGCUGGUUUCUAUGACAUUCAAGUAAAUACAACAGGAACUAAUUUCCCCGAAUUAUUAGAGAAUGGUUAUGAAAGUGUAAUUGCAGCAGUACCACAGUGGACUACAUUAAUGUUAUCAGCAGAAAUAGAUGGCCAGACUUAUACUUUGGAUCCAUCUUUAAGAACUGAUCUUAUUGGUGAUAUAUCUAAUUAUGUACAAAACCUUUCACUUAGUAAUGGGAUUGUCACUACCCAAUUUACCUGGUUGAAUGCACUUGAAGUAAGAUAUGAGAUUUUAGCUCAUAGAACUGAAGUGAAUUUAGGAUUAGUUAAUUUACAAGUUAUUAAUUUCGGAAAUGAAACAAUACAACUCGAUAUCAUCGAUAAACUUGACUUUGAAUCCGCUCAAAGAUCCCAAUUAACAGGUGUUAAUUAUGACGAUAAUGGAAUUUAUAUAACUUUCCAGCCCCUGGAAAUUAAUUACAUUGAUGGCGCAAUUUAUUCAACUUUGAAUGUAGAUGGACCAAUUAGUAGAUCAUCAACUAAUGACACUGUUAGUCAAACAAGUCGUAUCUUCCUUAAUGAAGGUAGAACAAUUAAUGCAUCAAAGUUUGCGGGAAUUGCUUCUACCGAUUUCGAUCCAGAUCAUCUAAAGUCCGCUCAAGAUGUUCUUCUGCUUGCAAGACAAGUUUCACAAAAACACCAUAACGUGAAUGAAGUUGUAAAGACCCAUAAAGCUGGUUGGAAAGAUACUUUCCAAAAAGAACCAGUGGUAACUUUCAACAGUGAUCCAUUAUUGACAUUAGGUUCCAGAGCUUCAGUUUUCCAUUUAUUAGCCAACACCAGACCAGAUGCUCAGGGCGUUACGGGUGCUCUUGGAGUUGGAGGGUUAAGUUCUGACAGUUAUGCCGGGUUAGUUUUCUGGGAUGCUGAUUUAUGGAUGUUGAAUGCAAUCUUACCAUUUGCUCCAAGUCAUGCUAAGAGUUUGGUUAAUUAUAGACUUCAUACCCAUCAGCAGGCUAUCGAAAAUGUUCCUCAAGGUUAUCAAGGAGCGGUAUAUCCUUGGACAAGUGGAAGAUUUGGAAAUUGUACAGGUACUGGUCCAUGUUUGAAUUAUGAAUAUCACAUUAAUUUUGCUGUUGCAAGAGCUGCUUGGCAAUUGUAUAUCAGUGGAGCUGCUGAUGAUGAUUUCUUAGCCAAUGUUGCAUAUCCGCUCAUUACAGAUGCUGCUACUUUCUUUUCGCAAUAUCUUGCAGAUUACAAUGAUACAUUAGGCAGAUACGUCACCCAUAAUCUUACUGAUCCUGACGAGUAUGCAAAUCAUGUCGAUAAUGGUGCUUAUACAAAUGCUGGUAUUUCAUUAGUUAUGAAAUGGGCUAUUUCAGUUGCGAGCCAUCUUGGAAGGGAGUUCUCUCCUUUGUUUCAAAACAUUGCUGGUAAUAUGUUUCUCCCUACCGCUGAUAAUAGUCAAAAUAUCACAUUGGAAUAUUCAGGCAUGAAUUCUUCAGUUGAUGUCAAACAAGCAGAUGUAAUCAUGUUGACCUUCCCACUCGAGAAUGAAUUAAUCGAUAAUGAACAAGCUUUCACCAAUAUGGAAUUCUAUUCGGCAAAACAAGUAAGUUAUGGACCUGCCAUGACUUUCCCAGUAUUUUCAAUCGUGGCCGCCGUGCUUGCUCCUUCUGGAUGUGCUUCUCAAUCAUAUUUACAAAAAGCAAUCCAGCCAUACCUUCGUGGUCCAUUUGCACAAUUUUCUGAACAGAAUAAUGAUGAUUUUAAUAUUAAUGGUGGAACACAUCCUGCAUUCCCAUUCUUGACGGCUCAUGGAGGUUGGGUUCAAGCGGUUCUCCAAGGUUUGACUGGAUUCAGGUUUGAUUAUGCUACAGACAAUGGAUCAUUGGUAAGAAUGCUCAGAUUAGAUCCAAUUGCAUUACCAAGUCUUGGCGAUGGGGUCGAAUAUAAGGGUGUAAACUACAACAACCAUUCCUUAUCUAUGAGUAUCAAUGCAACCCAUUUCAAAGUCACGAAUGAAGGCAAAACCAACAAAAAUGCAGAUGACCUGAUUAAGAUUCUUAUUGCUGAAAGAAAUCCAAUGGCUGGUGUUUAUGAUUUAAAAGAUGGUGAAGAUUUGAUUUUCCCACUCUAUACUCCGGCAUAUACUUUUGCCAACAGUAUUUCUGAAUGUGGACUUGCUAAUUUCUAUAAUAUCACAGAAGGGGCGCUUGGUGAUGCUCCAAUCCUGAUUAAUGAUGGCGAUAAUACUACUAGAUGGCAGGUUCAAUAUAAUGAUACUGUAGGAAAGGUACUUGUUGAUUUGAGAAGGUUUAGAAGUGUUUCUCACAUUCUUUUCAAUUGGGGUGAUAGACCUCCACAGAAUUUGUCGGUAUCGAAAUAUAUUGGGAAUGAAUUUACUCAAGCUACUGAUUUCUUCGCAAAAGUUGACUUUGGAAAUCAAUUGUAUCAGAAUUAUAAAUAUCUUAACCCAGAACAGAAGUUGGUAAAGCAAGCUGACGUUUUUCAACAAGUUCAUUCUUCAGCAGUUGAAAUAAAUGCUCCAUAUGAUCCAAAUGAGUUCUUUGAAGUUGUGGUGCCUGAUAGACAUAACACAACUAGUUUAGAUUUAGACAUAGAAAGUAGAUUCUUGUUGCUAGAGGUUGAAAAGAUUCACAAUACAGAGGCUAUAGAUGGCGAUUUUGGUGGUGCGAAGUUUGUCGAAGUUGUGGUCUACGGAUAA